AAUAUUUAGGUUCCAUUCAACAGCGACCCCUGCAGUCUCAAUGCACUGUGGGCACAUUGCAUGGGGCCUCUAGGGGGCGCAGGAGUAUCAUCUUAAUCACUGUCUUCUUCGUCGGUGCGCUUGCCAUGUUUGCGGAAGCUUGACUGCAGCUAGUUCAAGGCUGGUUAUCAUUUCUCUGACUGUUGCUUCAAGUUGUGUUUUCUUGUAUAAAAUGAAUCUACCAAAGGGACCGGAUUCUCUGUGCUUCGAUAAGGAUGUUUUUAUGAAGGAUGACUUUGACGUUGACCAGUUUGUGGCUGAGUGUCGGAAGCAGGUCCAGCUGGAAGAACUGAGAGAGGACCUAGAGCUCUACUACAAGCUGUUGAAAACAGCCAUGGUGGAGCUCAUCAACAAGGACUAUGCAGACUUUGUUAACCUCUCUACCAAUCUGGUUGGGAUGGACAAAGCACUCAAUCAGCUUUCUGUGCCAUUAGGACAGUUACGUGAGGAGGUUAUGAGUCUGCGGUCCUGUGUGAGUGAGGUGAUACAGGCGAUAGAUAACCAGCUGUCAAAGCACGAGGACCUGCAGAAAAAAAAGGUGUGUGUGAUGAGGCUGAUUCAGGUUGUACGAUCAGUGGAGAAGAUUGAGAAAAUCCUUCAUUCACAGAAUUCCAAGGAAUCCAGCUCUCUGGAGAUAAGCAGCCCUUUGUUAGCAGGACAGAUCCUAGAAAGGAUUGCAACAGAGUUCAACCAGCUGCAGUUCCACGCUGUACAGAGCAAAGGCAUGCCCCUGCUGGACAAAGUCAGACCUCGUAUUGCAGGGAUCACGUCUAUGCUGCAGCAGUCUCUGGAGGGUCUGCUGAUUGAGGGCUUGCAGACAUCGAAUGUAGACAUGGUACGUCACUGCUUGAGGACUUACGCCACCGUAGACAAGACUCGAGAUGCUGAGGCCCUGGUAGGACAGGUGCUCGUCAAACCAUAUAUGGACCAGGUGAUAGUUGAAGAAGUGGUAAAGUCCAGUCCAAGUGGUCUUCAGAUGAUGUACUCUAGACUUUUGGAGUUUGUUCCACACCACUGUAGACUGCUCAGAGAGGUGACUGGAGGAGCCAUAUCCAGUGACAGAGCUGACAUAGUGCCAGGUUAUGAUUUCCUGGUGAACUCUGUUUGGCCAGAGAUGGUCAAAGGCAUAGAGGAAAGGUUGGCCUACAUCUUUAACCCUGGAAACCCCGACAUAUUCUACGAGCGUUACAGUGUAACUAUGGAGUUUGUGCAGAGGUUUGAACGGCAGUGUAGCUCACAGGCCAGUGUGAAGAGACUGAGAGGACACCCCUCAUAUACAAGCUUCCAGAACAAAUGGAACCUGCCUGUCUACUUUCAGUUACGAUACAAGGAAACUGCAGGACGUCUAGAGAAUGCUAUUAGUGAUGGAUUAGUGGCAGCACCAGCUGGCAGUGCAUACCACCUGCAGGUAUCUGAGGUGUUGUGGUCCUGCUUAGUGAGAUGUUGGUCAGACAAUGUCUAUCUGUCACCUCUGGCACAUCGCUUCUGGAAGCUUACGCUGCAGCUGUACUCAAGAUAUGCCAAGUUUCUUGAUGAGGUGCUGACUAAGUCUCCGAACUCUGAGGUGACUAAGGAGCCAACCAGGCCUCUGCCGAGCUCAGCUUCUUCUACAUCUAGCAGAACAUCACUGGAGGAAGGCGGCAGUGAGAGUGGGAGUCCUGCCUCCCUGUCCACCAAACAGCUGGUUUACAUUGCAGCAGACAUCCAAAAGCUGCAGGAGCAGAUCCCACAGUUGUCAGAGAUGGUCAGAAAGCGGUUUGAAGCCAUUGGAUUCAAAAACUUUUCUCUUGUGGAAGAUGCUCUAGCAGACUCCAAGGCUUCCCUGUCAAGCAGCAUUCCCUCUCUCAACACUAGGAUGACCCACCAUCUGACCGAACGCAGCUGUCGAUUCCUGAAGAGUGCCUCAGAGGUUCCACGACUCUACCGCAGAACUAAUAAAGAUAUACCGGUGCGUGCAUCAGCGUACAUGGAUAAUGCCUUACGCCCAUUACAUCAGUUACUGACUGAUUCGACAGGGCUGGUCACCCCUCACACAGCACAAGAGUGGCUGCGAGUUGCACUGUCUGAGUGCACACAGAAGUACUAUGAGACCAUCUCAGAGGUGCUGAGCUCAGUCAGAAAGAUGGAAGAGAGUUUGAAACGCUUGAAACAAGCCAGGAAGGGUGCAGCCGCGACUACAACAGCAGGAGCAAAUGGUGGACUAACAGAUGAUGGCAAGAUUCGUCUUCAGCUGGCACUAGAUGUGGAAUACUUGGGGGAACAGAUUCAGAAGAUGGGUCUUCAGCCAACUGACAUCUCCAUGUUCUCCACUCUGAUGGAUCUUGUAAAGGAAGCCAGAGAGCUUGCUGAACAAAAUCAGUAAAACAGACUCAGCAAUGACUGAAACUCUAAUAUGCAGCACUCAUCUUCACAUUUCCUGGAGACUUGUGGAGGAUAAAACUUGAGUUGAUGGUGAUGAGAAAGUAAUGGGAAGAAGUAACACUACUGGAAUCAUUUUCAAACAUUUGUACCAAAUCACUUAGUUCAAUGUAAACUUUAGAACUAGGCUGUAAAUUGUUGGCUGAAACAGCAUAGAAACUACUGCUGGAGCAUCAGCAGUUCUGGUGUAGGCAAAAUGGAGAAAAGGGACUGGAUGGUACUAUGAUUAUGUAAUUUUAUAUAACUACUGUAUUGUACUUUCACUGGGCCAGAAAGUUGCAUAGUAAGAGGCUCAAAAUAAGUUACAAAGGGAGUACACUGAUCAUCAUUUGGUGAUGGAUUAAUCUAAGAGAACUAUGUUAAUGUGUCACAUGUGUUCAAAUCAGUUGUAUAAUAUAAUAUGUUUAACAUGAAGGUAAUGAAGAACUUUGUACAGAUUGUUGUGUGGUUUUAUUACAAAGAAGCAUUAGCAAGUUAAACUUAGUGGCCACUUUAUUAGGUAAACCUGUUCAACUGCUCAUUCAUGCAGAUAUCUAAUCAGCCAAUCAAAUUGCAGCAACAUGGUCUAGUUGACCUGCUGAGGUUCAAACCAAGCAUGAGAAUGAGAACAAAAGUGAUUUCAGAAACUGCUGAUCUAUUGGGAUUUUCCCACAUAGCCAUUUUGAGAGUUUAUAGAAAAAAUGUUCCAAAAAAGAGAAAUAUCCAGUGAGUGGCAGGUCUCUGGGUGAAAAUGAUCCCAGAGAUCAGAGGAGAAUGGCCAGACAGGAAGGCAAGAGUAAUUCAAAUAGUCAUUCGUUGCAACCAAGAUGAGCAGAAGAGCGUCUCUGAAUGCACAGCAUGUUCAAUCUUGAAGCAGGUGACCACCCGAAGUGUCACUUCCGUCAGCUAAGAACAGAAAACUGAUGCUAAAAUUCACAUAGGCUCACCAAAACUGGACAAUGAUAUAUUGGAAAAACAUUCUCUGGUCUAAUGAGUCUCAUUUUCUAAUAUUUAAUAUUUCCAUGGUCCAUUUUGACACGAUAGCACCUCGUUGAAUCUAUGCCAUGAAGAAAUUAGGCAGUUCUGAAAGCAAAAAGGGGGUCCAACCACAUACUAGCUUGGUGUAACUAAUGAAGUGUCCGGUGAGUGUAUAUGAGUCAUUGUUUUCACCGCAUGCAUGUUUAUACUCAGUACUACCAAUAACGCUGCAGGACCAUGAACAUUUAAUAAACCGCAACAUUAUUACAUGCACAGGAAAACUAAACGGGAGAAUAACAUUUGUUUUUGUGAAUGCUGAAGCAAGUUAUUCAGACCCUAUAAAUCACAGCCAGCCUUCAGUAAUGCUGAUAUGCAUGUGCAUUAUUUUCACUCAUUAACUAACGUAUUUAUUUAUGUGUAAGCGGUGAUAAACAAUUGCUAGUACAGUAACCUUUUUUUUAAGCCAGGCCUUAUAACAUUUUAGUUACAAAUUUGCUGAUUUCUACAUUAAAAUUAUUUUUGGGACUAUUUUCAGUAGAUUUUGUCACUCUGUAACUGCUUUUGUAUUAAAUCCACAAUCUGUUCAUUACUUUUAGUUACAAAGAUGGUGAUGGUACGAGAGGCUUAUUCCUAAUACUAUAAUCAUUUUAUGCACAGAAUAUAUAAGAAUAAAUAUGAAAAAUAUGAGUUUUCAGAGAAAAUGAAAUUUUAUCUUUUGUCUAGCUUUAGUCAGUGUAUGUCAAGUGUUCAUGCUGUCGGGAUAGCCUUCUCUUUCCUUACCUGUUUAAAUGACUUCCCACAAGUCUCACAGGUGAAGUAGGUCUAUUGAAAUGCUGAUUAAAAACCAGUGAACUUUGUUUGUAUUUGGAAACGGAUGCUUUAUUUCAGCAAAACCAAAUCAUAACAAAACAAAAAUAGACUCUUAGUUACAAUAUACAACAUGCUAGCCGUUCAUCACAGACAGUCAUGGUUACUGUACUUCCUGUAAAAAUACUGUACAGAACUCUGCUAUAAUAAAUUUUACAGAAAAAAAACUAAUUAGGAUUUUCACAUUAUGCUCGAAAACAACUUAAAGUAACAUGUUUUCAUAAAUACUGCAAAUGAGUUUCACAUAACCCCUGAGCGUGUGAAGGGGGUGAACGCUAUCAGUAACACUGUUAGAUCCUUAUUCCGUGUGGGUAUACUUAAUUCCUCAUGCACUGUAUGUGAGAAUUAUUUCAGAAGGAAAACAAAUCUAUGAUUUAAACACAAUGUCUGCACCAUGAAAGAUUUCCUGCAGAAA